CCUAAGGACGUAGAGGGGUGCGGAGUGUGGCACCGCAGGCCUCGGGGCGGGGCCGGAAGUGGGGCGCUGAGAUCCCCACCUCUGCGUUCAGGGAGGCCGCCGUUCCCCCGAUCUGUUCCUGGUCCCCUUCGAGUCACAGCCUGAAUCCGGGAGACCGGAGCCUUCAGCCUGGGCGGGGCGGCGCGGACCGGAAGGACGCCAUCCCGGCCUCGGCCAUGGAGGCUCCCGCGCUGUCCCUAACAGAGGAGGAUCUGACUGAAGUGAAGAAGGACGCUUUAGAAAAUUUACGUGUUUACCUGUGUGAGAAAAUCAUAGCUGAGAGACAUUUUGAUCAUCUCCGUGCAAAAAAAAUACUCAGUAGAGAAGACACGGAAGAAAUUUCUUGCCGAACUUCAAGUAGGAAAAGAGCUGGGAAGUUGUUAGACUACUUACAGGAAAACCCCAAGGGACUGGACACCCUCGUGGAAUCCAUUCGCAGAGAGAAAACACAGAACUUCCUGAUUCAGAAGAUAACGGAUGAAGUACUAAAGCUUCGUAAUAUAAAACUGGAGCAUCUCAGAGGCUUGCAGAGCAGCAGCUGUGAGCCCUUUGCAGCUGCAGCCACCAACAACCUUUCCAGGUCCAAUUCAGAUGAGAGUAAUUUCUCAGAAAAGCAGAGAGCGUCCAUGGUCACGUACCACCCGGAAGGAGAAUCUAGCACCGCUCCCUUUUUCUCCACGGAGUCUUCUCUGAAUUUGCCAGUCCUGGAAGUUGGCAGAACUGAAAGCAGCAGCUUCUCCUCGGGCACUCUUCCUCGACCUGGGGACCCCGGGGCCCCUGCUUUGCCCCCAGAUCUGCAGUUGGAAGGAGGAACUUGUGGAAACUCGAGCGAGAUGUUUCUGCCCUUACGGUCACGUGCUCUCUCACGCCAGUGACCUUCACUGCCUAGUGUCUCAGUGUUGAAACGUGUUGUGGAUGAUAGAAUCUUUUAUAAAGCCACUGUAACAGUACACUCAGGCUUCGCGUGUGUCCUAAAUCACAGUGUGCACAUCUCUGUAAAUAGGGUUUGUUAGCGUAAAGAAGCACACUACGGGUAGCUGGGCAUAAAUCAUGGAUGUGUGCUUCUCUGUAUUGACCCUUUCCCUCUUAGAUGUUUAGUGUUUUGAACUUUUUAUAAGACUAAUUUUAUCAACAUAUUUCUCAAUUUGAGAAAUCAACUCAUGGCUGAGAAUAAUGUUUCUUAGCACAUUUAUGCUACAAAUUUUCAGUUUGAUAUUUUUCCCAAUGAUCUGGCCAUACAUCUCAGCAGUACACUCUUCUGACUCGUAGAAAAGCCAGGCACUAAGGAGAGUCUUCUGCUCCUUGGUUCCGAGAAGCCUUCGGGUUCUAAAGGAGCACCUGAUGGCAUUGAGUCUCCUGUGACCUCAGUGGCCACAGUUCAUUUUGUACUGCUCUUGCCAGCCGACUAAGUGCCUUUGGAUUUCCGCCUUCGCGUCCUCAUUCUUAGCUCCGGAGAAUACCGUCCUGGCUGGGCAGUGGGUGCAUGCCUUUAAUCCCAGAGGCGGAGCUCUGAGUUCAAGCCCAGCCUGGUCUACAGAGUGAGUUCCUGGACAGCCAGGGCUACACAGAAAAAAUUAAUUAGUUGUAACUAAUUAAUAGUACUUAUAAUUGGAUAGAAAUCCUUCCUCUGAGCCUCUCAUUCUUUUUCGAUGAACACUGCUAUAUGGAUAAAGUAACUAGAGAAUUGUUUUUGGAAUAUGUGACAAUUUUGUUUUUAAUAUUUUCAUCAAGCAGCCACUGGCUACAGCUGUGUUUUUAUUGUAUUACAAAGUUUGACUAACUUUACACAUUUAAAAAAUGCUGAUUGUUUUCAUUUAAAUUAUAAAUACAUGUUUUCUGACAUCCACCUUCUAUAUAUUUCUAUUAUUUAAAAUGUAAGAAAUGAAAAGUUGCUAUUAACAAUAAAAAAUUUUAAGGUA